AGAAUCGUAUUUCCUCUUCAACAUGAAAGUCAUCCUACUAAUGCAAUUUUUGUGUUAAUUGGUGAUAGUGCCUUCAGAUGAAAGAGUGCCUUUCGUUCGGCUGUAAAUGAACUGUUUAAAUGACCAAAAAUGUUAUGUUAUGACUGUUACUCAGUACUGCACUGAAUAGGAAGUUUUAAUUAUCAUACUUGUACCUGAGGUAAGUGUAUAUUCGUAGAACAUGGAUGUCGGUGCUAUUAGUCUAGGUAAAGGAACUGACAGAACUGCUGAGUCUAGUGGUACUCGCAGUACAACUAGCAGUGACACCACUGUGCAAGGUAUAACUAAUAAUCUACAAGAAGUUGCUACUAGUCGUCUGUCUUCUUUGUUAUCAAGUCUUGCUGCUGAGCCUCUUGCAGCAGCUCCCAGAAUGCCACAACAACACACAUUGAGGAGCACAAACGUUGGAGAGAAAGCUUCAUUGCCGCAACCAUUAGCUACUCCAAGUUUUCCUGUUCCACCUCAUUUAAUGGGACGCAAUGUUAAUAAUCCAGUAGAAGAUAUAGUUUCUCAUGGUCGCAGAUUACAGAAACCUCGUCUCGGUGUUAAAGUGCCUUAUCGCAAUCUGACAAGUCAAAUAGUGACUCAAGAUGAAUUAGCCCAAGAAUUACUUGAACGGUCGCUAAAGAAGCAUCCAGUUCGCAAUGUGCCAGAAGGUGGUGAUUUAUUUUUUGCCAUUAAACUUACUCAGAGGCUUGCUAACCGUUUGUCUCCAAGUGGUGCGCAAGUGUCAGUAGCAUCUCGUGCAGCAGUUAGGACAACCCAACAACAAUCUCCAGAAGUUAAUCGCACUAUUCCUUUAAAACAUCCUUCAACUGCGACAUCACCUGCCAUAGCAGAUCAUAGGGAUCUCUUAGCUAUUCUUGAGGGAGAUGGAGAUCCUGAUUGGAGUCCAGCGUCUGUAGCAGCUGCAACACCACAGACUUCUGUGGCAACAGUUGUCCAUGAACAUGUUCCUCCACCACCUAUUUCUCACAUUACUAAUGUGAAGUUGGAUCCACUCCUUGAGAAAGAAUUAGCACUAAAGCAGCUCAUGGAAUUUCAAAAUAAUUCUCGGAGAAGGAAGUCAAAUAAAGUUCAAAAACCUGAUGAAAAGAUGAAAAGACAAAGAUCUCAGGGUAAAAAAGAACCAUUGAAUAAAGAAAAUGGAACAGUUGGUCUCAAAGGCAAUGCACAGAAUACUACUAAAUCAAAUGUAUUGAAUUCGUCUGGCAGUGCUUCUGGGACACCGGUUGUAACAAAAGGGCGCAAAAGGAAAAAUGAAGAGAGUCCAGUUGGAGAAGUUAAAAAACCUAGGAUCUCUGGGAAGAAGAGUGUAGUUCAAAGUAAAAGUGACUCGAAAGCUAAUGUCAUAAAGACUGAAGAGAAAAGUCCGAAGAAAUUAAAAAAUUCAAAGAAUGCUUCUCCAAGUAGUAUUAACAAUAAUAACAAUAAUAAUACGGAAAGAAAUGUGGGUACAAAUGCAGUAGCUAAAGGUAAAGGUGCAGCUGCAAGUGCUAAAGACACAAAAUCUGUUUCUGACUCUAAGCCAAAGAAAUCUAUUUCUCCUGCCACAUCUGGAAAAAAUCAAGUGGGUGACGGAAGAAAGAAGACAGCUAGUCCACUUGAAGGAAGUAAUGUGAGAACAUCUAAUAGAGGAUCAAAUGCUAGUGUGUCUAAAUCAGAUUCUUUGAAUGAAAGUCAAGAUACUCAAAGUUCAUCACUUAUUGAUGAUUUUCCAGAAUUUCCUCGAUCAUUCACUACACCUAUUAGAACAUAUAGUCCAAAGAAAAGGACACCCAAUACAAAUGCUUCACCAAACCUUCAGACACCAGAGAUGCUGUCUACAAAUAAUAAUGUAGAAAGUGUCAAACCAGAGAGCAGUCCAGUCAAACCAAAAGCCACGGAUACCAAGGUUCCAGAACCUUCACCUCCUCCUAAGCAAAGCCCUGAAAACUCUGAAAAAGCAGCUCAGAAGAAGAAGGAAAGCAAGGAAAAUGUGAAACGAAGAAAGGGUGAAGUAGAUCGCCUGUUAAUGGAUGAAGGAGCAAUUAAUCUUCUCUAUGAGGCUGAACAUGGCGAUUCAAGGAGAAGAAGUUCUGCCCCAGAAGAAAAUGUAGUAGUACCACCCCAGAGAAGAAUCUUGAAGUCUGUCCGCAGAAAGAAGAAAGAUCUUUUAUUGAAGACUCGCCUCGUUAAAAAUGCUGUUCUUCGUUUAAGCAACAGCUCUUCUUCAGGGAUUUCACCAAUGGUUUCACGAAUUACAAGACGCACAGAAGCUCCCAGUCAGCAGUCUACAUCGGCUGAUCAAGGAUCCAACCAGCAACGUAAAUUGUCAUUGGACUCUCGUGAAUCCCUCCGUUCACCUCCACCUCUCACUCCAGACGAUCCAUCUUCUCAGUCUUUUGUGUAUCCUGUGCGACUUCCAUUACCAGCUGAAGCCUCCAGGAUUAUUCGCCGACAUUCCUCCAGCAGUAAUUUUUCAAGCAGAAGUGCAAGUCCAAGCACAAAUCGUAAUAUUGACUUACAAGGUGCAGAAAAUGCUGAGAAGUCAUUAGAUACGAAACGGACAUUAACUAAUUCAGGGAAUGUUUCUAAGUCUAGUGGUUCUAUUUCAAGUGGGAGGAAAAAGGGAGUUCCUAUCUUCGUUAGAAAACCACAAGUUAUUCAAACAUAUCAAGGAAAGAAAAAGAAAAUUCCACUACAAGACCAGAAAAGUUCAAUUGUAAAUGUACCUGUCAAACAGUCCAACAAAGCUACUCAGCAAAACAAUAAGGAUGCCAAAAUCACAUCAAAAGGGUCCUCUGUAUCUAUGCUGAAGACAGUAUCAGAGAAAAAGAAAGCUGCUGUAAAAAAGAUCAGUAUUAGUGACAAGCUUAAAUUAAAAAUGGAAAUGUCAAAGAACUUUUCAAAAGGUUUCCAAUCAGGAAAAGUGAAGCAAAGUGUAAAGAAACUUGCAGAAAAUGGAUCAGCUAAGAGCAAGAAGAAAGAAGAAGUGACAAAAGAUAAGACUUCCAAAUCUGCAACAGCUGGCACAAGUGGUAAUGCAAACGGAUCCAUUGUAGAUGAAAUGUUAGACUUGACGUCGUGCCUUGCUGCAGCCGCUUCUGCUUUCGCUGCAGAAGCAAGAGAAGAAAAGUCUUCUAAGAAGACAGCCAGUUCCAGUGGGACGUCACACUCCUCCUCUCCCUGCCCAAGUAGGAGUUCAAAAAGCCCAACUCCAACCAAUAGAACUACUGGCAAGAAAGGCAUUGCACCUCCCUUGAGCCCAAAUGCUGCAACGUACUCUAAUUUACUGAAAACUCUUGAAAAUGAAAGCCAGAAGCAGAGAAAGAAAGAUGGCGAAGAAGUGACAAAACAACGUUCAAGUGUUCGUCAAAAUGCAGGAGCAUAUCACUACAAAGAUAUUAGCCUUCGUCGCUAUGAUAACUUGGUGCAAGUAAUACUCACACCUCAGUCCACAAAAAUGAAAAAUGCAUUGAAUCUGCAGGUAUUGAGAGAAUUAAAAGAUGCUCUUUCUCAUCUGAAAAAGGAUGAAACCUGUAGAGCUGUACUUUUAACAUCUACUGGUAGUUCAUUUUGUCAGGGUAUCGACUUUUAUGGAUUGUUACAUACCAAUGCAGAACGAAGAAAGUCUGCUGCUCAAGAGCUCGCACAAGCUUUAAAGUAAGUAAAUAUUCUCACUACUAUUUUUAUGACUGAAUGUUAAGUUACACUAGUUGGGAUUAGGAGAGUUGAGAAACGUUUUGUAUUUUAAACUAUUUUAUCUGUAUGAUAGUUUUAUACUAUUUUCAGUUGUAGUUGGUUUGAUAAAUUUCUCUCAAAUUAAUGUGAAAAAAGCAGAAUUUUUCUUCAGUAUAAUUUCUAGUUUGAGUUUUGCAUUGCAAAGAGUGAA